UAUUUAAGAAACUUAGAAUCAUUCAAUAACUUAAAUAUUGGUGAACGAAUUACGAUAUAAUUAAGUACAAAGAAAUUACAAAGCGAAAUGAGUAGUAUUAGAGACAGAAGACGAUUGAAAUAUCAUAAUAAUUCAUAAACUAAUACCAAUUUAAACUAGAACUCUAAUGCAAAUAGUGUUUAUAAUUAAACAAUUAUUAUGCACAGCCCAUAGUUUAGCAUAAAUAAUACAUUUAUCAAUGAAUAAAAUGCAAAUAAUGGUAGUAAUUCUAACAAUCAAUCAAUUAAUUACUACCAAAUUAAUUAACAGGCUAAUAUCGAAAAUAUCAACAACUAAAAUAUUAUCAAUACUCCAUCUUAUUAUGCAAAGUAAGAACCGAAUUUAAGUAGAAACGCAUCUAAAAAUAACAGCGCUUAGGGAAAAGUAUAUAUAAACAGAAAAUUGUCUCAUGAGAAAUAUUUUAUGAAUUUCUUUCCUCCCACUAAAAGUAAUCAAAAUUCUAUCACUUAUGAUAUGAACGAAAGCAUAAAAACAUAAGAAUAGAUUAUGGGAAAUUUAGCUUAAUAUCAAACAUUAAAUCACUAAAAUUAAAAUGCAAAGGAAUAUAAUACAAUAUAGUAUAAUUCACUUCAGCCGCCACCAUCUUAGGAAGGUAUUUCUUAAUCUAAAUCUAAAGGGAAAAAUAGCUUUAGAAAAAACUCAGUUAAGCGUCCAUCUAUGAAUUCACCUCCAUAAAGCUAUAUACCUUAACCACCUAAUCAAUCUAGUUAGUACAAUUCAGUUUGCAAAUAAAAUAAUUAACAGACUAAUAAAGAUAAUAACAGUAUAGAGUUUUAAACUGCCUUUGUGAUGCCUGACAAUCCUCAAAAUCUAUAAAAUUUAUUCUUAGCUUAAAAUCCUGAUCUAGGUAGUCGUAUUGUUGUAGAAAAAAAAAGUAAAGAAAGGCUAGAUAAAAAUAUUUAACUAAUGCAAAUAUAUGGUAACAAAGCAAUUAAGAGAUCAUAGAAUUAAAUCCCAAUCUUAAAUUAAUCAGGAUAAAUUUUAAAUUAUUAUGUGCCACAAGAAUAAAGAUAGAGUAAGUCUACUGGACGCCAUCAUAGUGUUUUAAAAAGGAGGUAAAUAAGAGAUAGUUCAAAUCCAAUUAACUCUUGCAAUGAAAGUUAAACUAUUUAACAUACUAAAUGCAAUAUACUUCCAGGAGCAAAUUUUAGAUCAAUUUCACAUGAAAGAUAAAGUCUUUACUCUAAUUUGAGGCAGUAAAAUUCUAAAGGUUAUUUUGAAUCUCUAAAAACUGAUGUAUAUGUCAAUGGAGAAAGAUAGAAAAGUAGUGCAUAAAGAGGAUCAAAAUAAACACAGUUAUCUUAAAAUAAUAUAGCAUCGGCAUAUUAAUCUAAUAAUACCAACUAAAUUUAACAUUAAAGUUAGCAAAAAUAAAAUUCUGCAUAAUAAUUUUAAAUAUAAAAUCCUGCAUAGGUUAUAGCUUAACCAUAGAGAUCAAAAAGCUUUGGCAGGUCUAGAGCAUAUAAAUUUAUAAAUAAUUCAAACGAAAAAUAGAAUAAUGUCUUAUAAGAAGUUUUAAGCUCAUAAUAAAAUCAAAUAAAAAAAUUGCAUAUUAAUAAAAUUAAAUUAGAUAAUAAUUUUUAUGGAAAAGAUGAAUAACUAAUGCAAAGAAAUGAUAGUGGAGAAAACAUUAAUUACUAAUCAUAGCAAAGUGAUUAUUUAGAAUAAUAUAUUGGUGCUAUAGUUAAUUAAGAAAACAUGUCAACCUCUAAUUAUGACAGACUUUCUUCCCAUAUGGAUAAACUUUCACAAAAAAUUCUUACUUAAUAAUCUGAUCUUAAAAACUUACUUUAACCUUUAAGUUCUGUGUAAAACUCUGAAAAUCUUCAAUAAAAUUAACACUCAAAUUUCAACAGAUUUUCUUUUGAUUAAAAUUAUGAUCCAAAUAGGAGCUUUAAUGAUCUUCCAUCUUCUGUUAUUGAAGAAAAAAGGUAAGAUGGAGGUGAUGAUUCUGAUAAAUAUAAUAAUGAUUAGUUUGAAGAGGAUUAAGAAUCAGUUUAAGGACCUUCGUUUGCUCCUUCAGUUCUUAAAAAGGAUAGUUUUAUAAGUUAAGAUAGCAAAUAGCCUAUUUAAAAUUAUCACAAUUAAUCUUACAAUAUAAAAGAAGACUCUCAUAUUAUGAGGCCUUAGGGCUCAAAUAUACCUUAAUAAUAAUCGCAUUAUUCAUCAAUAAACUCUUUUGGUUGUCCUAAUUCGUUUAUUGUAGAUAAGUAAAAUAAAGAAAACAAUGAACUGCAAACAAUAAAUGUAGGAUCAUUAAUGUCAAGUUAAUAAGUUGAAGUUAUUGAAGAGUCUUUUGGUAGUAAUUUUUAGCAAUAGAGCUCUGUUUUGAAUUAAAAGCAAAGUAAGCAGUAAAGUAAAGUGCAAUCAGAAAUAAAAUUAAUAGAUGAAAGUAUAGUUCAGUAAAAUUCCUAACAGUCUUUUGUUCAAGCUUAACAAAAAUAAAAAAUGCAGCCUCAUCCUCCUUAACUGUAAAAAGCAGCUUUAAGAAGCUAAGGAAGUUUAGGAUCCUAAUUAGAUGAGGUGGAUGUAGUUGGAUAGCUUAAUAAAAAAUAAAAAUAACAAAACCAAUAAGUAACUUUUUGUGAGUCACCAAUAAUAAUGGAACCAAAAUAAGAAUUGCUAGCUGUUGCAGAUGAUAAGAGAUUUAAAAGAAAUGCUGCUAAAAUUUAUAAAAGAAAUGAUUUACUAAACAAAAAUACUCUAAAAGACUCUAAAGACAAUAUAGAUGUUUAAAAAAUAUAGUAAAUGAAAUUAAAUUUACAGUUCCAAGUAGGAGAUAAAAAGACACUUAUACCUUAAUAGAAUCAAAAGUUAGAUUAAUUAAAAGACAAACUAACACUGUAAUUAGAAAAUGUAUCUGCAAAUAUUAUUAAUAAAGUUAAUUAAAAUCAAUAAUCAAUCGAUGAUUAAGGCUCUGAUCUUAAUCCAGUUGAUGAGUUGAGUACCUGCAAAGAAGAAAGAAAUCUUCUUGAUGACAAUGAAGAAGUUAUUAAUUCAAAAAAAUCAAUAAUAAAUUCCUAAUUUGAUUAAAUGAUAGUUACUUCUUUAAAUAACUAUCUUAACAAAACAGAAACUGAUCAAGAUAUUAAAGUAAAAUCUGAUGGAAACUUCUAGCAUUAUAAAUACUGA